CGAAGACCAGCGUUUGUUCUCCGUGCAACUUGUUACAACCAACUCACUCAAGAAUGCAAUGGCAAUACCGCCGGCGCCGUUCGAUGGCGAUGAGUCUCUGUUUGAUUCUGCCCAACCCUUCAAGGGUGUGGUCGUUUGCUGCACCAGCAUUCCGACCGAGCUGAGAGCGGAUAUUGCAGCCAAGACGGCUGAGCUAGGAGGCCAACACAAGUAUGACUUGAUGCCCGACUGCACCCAUCUGAUCGUUGGCGACUACGACACCCCAAAAUAUCGCCAUGUCGCCAAGGAACGUCCCGAUGUCAGGGUCAUGGCCGCCGGCUGGGUGGAGGCUGUUCGGAAUCUCUGGGUUCAAGAUGUCGAAAUUGAUUUCCUCGCCCUGGAGAGAGAGUGGCAGCUGCGCACCUUCGAGACCGGGGGAGGAGAGCCGACCACUGACGGCUCGGAGCCACAGCGCCGCAGACUUCUCUGUUGUAUGACCGGCUUCGAGGAUCCUGACGAACGCCAGCAUAUCAUCGACAAGAUCGAAGCGAACGGCGGACUCUACACCGGCGAUCUCACGAAACGAGUCACGCACUUGAUCGUCUACAAGCCGGAAGGGCGGAAGUAUCAGGCCGCGAAGAACUGGGGCGUAGCAACCGUCUCGGUCGAGUGGGUCCAUGACUCUGUUGAGCGCGGUCUAAUCCUCGACGAGAAGCUCUACGACCCGGUCUCACCCCAGCAUGAGAGAGGAGUGGGCGCUUGGAACAAGCAGCGAGCACGCGUCUCGUCGCUAGGAAAAAGACUGAGGGAAAACAGCGCGGCGCAGGAUGAGGGGAAGAGGAAGCUACGCAAGACUGCCAGCAUGAAGCUGAACAGCCAGAGGGACAACCUUUGGGGAGAUAUUCUAAGGAAUCCGCAAGCGCCAGAGACUGCAUCUACCACCGUCGCCCAAAACAUCCCAGCAAACCCGGCAGGACUCCCACCUACACACUCCUCGACGUCCAAGGCUGAAGGGAAGUCACUGGACACCCAGGGCUCGAAGCUCUCGUCGUUUGGCGUCCCGGAUGACAGCGCCGUCUUCGCGUCUUGCUGUUUCUACGUGCACGGGUUUUCGGCGCAAAGGACUGAGAUCCUAAUCAACACGGUCGCAUCUCUCGGCGGGCUGGUGUGCCAUUCCCUCGACGAGGUUACAUCCACGUCUGGCGCCCAGCUCGCGCACAGAUUCCUAAUCGUGCCGCAAACCUCCGCCCCAGACACCCGCCCCAAACCUCCUGGCAACGUCCACAUCAUAACUGAAUUCUACAUCGAAAGAUGUCUGCAUAAAAAGUACUUUUUUGAUCCAUCCCAGCAUGUUAUCGGGCGGCCGUUCCCACUCUUUCCGAUACCGGGAUUUGAAGAUCUGUCCAUAUGCACCGCCGGAUUCACUGGAGUCGACCUCAACCAGGUUGACAAGUCCAUCCGGCAGCUGGGAGCCAAGUAUGAGGAGAGAUUUACUGCAAAUGCUUCGCUCUUGGUGUCCCCAUCACUGCCAGCGAUACGAAAGCAGAAGCUCGAGCUGGCAUUGGCCUGGAAGGUGCCAGUUGUCAGCGCUGACUGGUUAUGGGAGUGCAUCUCAACAGGACGCAAGGUGCCGAUCAAGCGAUUCCUAUUUCCGGAACUGAAGCAAAAUUUCGAGGAUGCAAAGACACCAACGCAGACCAAGGAAGUCUCCAUGGUCAAAGACAGUGCCAAAAACAAGCAGGAGAGGCGCUUCAGUAGAGAUGGGAUCGACGAAGAUCUACUUCCAAAACCGGCCACCAAACCGAAACAGCGUCGGGAACUGGACGAGUCGGCCUUUGUAAUCGCCAGGGAAGAGACGGAAGAACCGGACCAGCGUCGGAAGGGACCACCAGCAACUGAACACGAAUCGAACGUCACCACGACCACACACUUUGAAACCGCUCCCACCCACAUCAACGCUGCCGAUGACAUCAACAUCAGCUUCGGAAAGAAGAACCUUUCCUUCGCUGCUCCCCUCUCGGAGACAUCCUCCAACUCUUUCAACAAACCCCAAGUCACCCCACGGAACCCCGACACACCACGGCCACGAAAGCCCAUGAGCCGAAUAGUAAGCGAGGUCGCAGAUUCAGAAGCAACUGAGGGCGACGUCGGCCACCCCCACGACAUUCCGCCACACGAAAACGAAGAGAACCUCGAAAAGUCUGCCGAAACCCGGGGAGAAGAUGACGCAGACCGCCCGGACCCAGAGGCAGAACAAAAGCGACUCGAAGCCAAAAAGGUGGCUGCAGAAGAGCGCCUCGCCAUCUCCACCAAGCUCGUGACUUCCCUACUGGACUCGACCACCGCUAAGCUAGCCAGCACUGUGUCCGCCCCCGCCGCUCUGGCUGCCAUGUCCCCAACCGGGCCCGACCCCGCCGCAGGCGAGGACAGGCCGAAGCGACGCAAACGGAACAUCCUGGGCCGCGCCAUCAGCAACGUCUCAGCCGCAAGUAGCGCCAGUGGUGGCGGCACCGACGCGUCUGCCGCUGCUCCUCCCCCUCUCGCGGGCAUUGCCAGGUCGGACACCCUGGGGUCGGGCGUUGGUGAAGCCCCACCCCCACCCGCCGCGACUCAACUCGAGUACGAAGACCCGGAGGCCAGGCGGUACAAGGAGCAGCUGAUGAACAAGAUGAUGGGGACGACAGGCGGCAGCACAUUGGGGCGAUCGUUUUCCGAGCCCAGGCAGGAGAAGCUGACGCUUGCCGGCCUGGGGGGUUAUGAUUCACCACAGCAGCGGUAUGAUGCGGUUGCUGGUGGAGAGAGGAGGACUAGGCGAAGAUGAAACAAACAUGGCACAUGGUCUGGCCCUGGCGGGGAGAGUGUUAAAAAUCGGGAUACCACGAGGGAGGGGCAGAUAGCUACUUAUCGAACUACUUUAUGCAGGAUAUGGUUACGGCAGGAUUACGACCGCAAUGCGAUCUUGGGGGCUUUAUGUCCUCCGUUUUCUA